GUCACACUUGUUGUUGGUCCAAAGGAUGGCACCGACUGGCUCCAAAUCAAAGAUAAAAAAAAGACUAUCCAGCGAAUCGACGACUGAACAACAGAAACUGGCCGAGGUUCAGACGAUCAUCAAAAAGCUGGACGUCAGCAAGCAGGUGAUCCUUGGGAGGGUCUACAAGAACGUGCCCGAUGCGUGCAAUGCGAUCUGGAGGCGGCAAUACCAUUGUCUGGAUCUGCAGAAGCUCGAACUGAAGCUGCGUGGCUCUUCGCUGCAGACGUUUAUACAGAAAAUGUUUGAGGAUUUUCGCAGUGCUCACUUUCGCAGCCAACAGCUGCAGCAUGAGAUGAACAUCCUGGACCAGGCGGGCAUCAGGGAGCUGCCGAGCGUCAAGCGUUGCCAGAUAACGUGGGGCACGGCCGUGCAGCGCCGCACCACCACCUUCCCCCAGUGGCCGUUUUAUGCCCUGCCGGCGCUGAUGAAAAAUCUCCGCUCCCUGGAGAUUCAUUCGCCGCUGGAGGUCUGCUUCAUUGAACAGUUCAAGAUGCUGGAGGAGCUGCGUUUCCACGGCGAGGUAGAGACCUGGGUCCUUAAGGACAUACUGGCGAGUGACCUGCCCCUGAAAGUGCUACACUUUGUGGGCUCCCAUUCGCCCGAUCUCGACGGCAUCUCACAGUGCAAGCAUAUGGAAAACCUGAUGGUGAAUCAGUCUGUAUUUCUGGACAACAAAGAGGAGAUCUUUAGGCUGCCAAAGCUGCAUAUUCUGGAGAUUAAGAAGCUCACCCAAUCCAAGGACACAAUGAAGACCCUGAUGGACAUCAUUCGCCAGCGGGAGGACUAUUUGCGUAUCUUUCGCUUGAAUUGUAGCUUCAUCAACAGCGCCCAGGAGCUCGUACCCUUGGAGCUAUCGCGCUGUCGUUUUAUGGACGGCCUGGAGCUGAUCGAUUGCAAUUUUGGCAAUCUGGAAAUGUUAGACCUGGGACUGCCUGUGACCCACAAGCAUGCCGUAUUCUGCCAUUGUCCAAAUCUGUUGAACGAACACGUCUUGGACUUUGUCCUGGCCAAUGCCAAACUGAAGCAACUCGUGUUCAUCCAUUGCCCCUUUCUGACAGUAGAGCUACUCCAGAGUGUCUAUAAGCUGCGACGCCGUGACAAGAGUUCAUAUCCUUUGAAGAUCAAAUUCAAGGGUUCCCCCGACAUCUGGGAGGCUUAUAAGAAAAAUUAUCGCAACUUUUGGUCCGACCGCGGGAAUGUCCUUCAGGUGGAGCUCUUCAAAACCGACUACCGUCCAUUGCAGCACGUUCAGUUCACGUUCAAGACGCCACCCAUCGCCAGAACGGAAUAAAGGAGCUUAGCCUGUGUG